ACUUGACAUUGAUGCUUGGAUUUUCUGGAUUUAUUCCAGGCCUUCUGGCAAUAUGCGUUUAGUGAAGGGAGACGUGUGUGGCGACUGCGUUCAUGGGUGAGUGUAUGCUUAUGUACGUGAUCGACUUCGAUUAUACUAUGUCAAAGAAGAAACACCACAAGCUGGUGGGCUAAACAGCCAAGUUCGAGGCCACCACCUAUUAAAUUUGAAUUCCCUACAAAAAACCUAGUUAAUUUGAACAUAGCUCCUCCUAUCCUCAACUCAAUUUAAGAUGAUGCACUGUUCUGCAUUUAAGAGUACAUAUCCAUCAGACUAUCACCAAUGGCUGCACCUUUUCGUAAGCUAGUUGGAGAGAAAAGCGGUUCAAGUUGCACUUCCUUUUUAACUUUAGCAGUUAAACGGUUCACACUUUGAGCAGAAAACUACCAAUCAUCAUCAGUCACUCUCUCGAUCCGCCUAUAAAUAGAAGAUUUGAUCAUCACGCGGCAUCAUAUUCCCUUCGACGUACUUAAUUACAUUACGAACGGCAGAACUUGGGACUACUUGAGGUGCAGCAGGACAUGGCGACGAUCCAAAGCAAAUCGACAGCACCGCAAUCUGUUACUGCAAGCAGGCUUCCUCCCAAGAAGGAGGAGCAAGAGCUCCGGCGAGCCUACUCGGAAAUGGCGAGCAACAUGGAGAAGCUUGUCGUCGCAAGCAGCAGCAGCAGCAACCCAUGCCCUGACGACGGCGCCGACGUGUCGGAGGUGGAGACGGUGCGGUGCGCGUGCUGCGCCGUGGCCGAGGAAUGCACGGCGGCGUACGUCGGCGGGGUCCGCGCGGCCUUCUGCGGCGACUGGCUGUGCGGGCUAUGCGGGGAGGCCGUGAAGGAGCGGAUGGAGCGGGACCCGUCCGGCGGCGUGGAGGCGGCGCUGGUGUCCCACGAGGCCGAGUGCCGGGACUUCAACGUCACGAGGUUGAACCCGACGCUGUCGCUCGCCGGAUCCAUGCGGGGCAUCGCACGCAAGAGCUUCGACCGGAGAAAGACGACGACGUCGACGUCGUGCCAGGACCGCCACCUGCGCACGGCGGCGUCCAGGGCGGUGGCGCUCGCGAGGUCGGUCAGCUGCGACCCGCGGUUCCUGGCGGACGUGAUCAACGGGCCGUCCGGAGAGCAGUCCCGAUGAGGCCACGGCCCACAGCCUCACCUGGCCAGCCGGGUUUAAUGAUUUCUACUCGUAUUUACUAAAAAAAGACAUCCAUCUAGGAGUAUCGUGUUAAAAAAAUUAGCAGGAGUGUCGAGUAAGUAAUAAGCUUACUAAAAAAGGACAUCGACUAUGUAGUGCUACUCUGUGGCAUCGAUGUGAACGUAGCCUACGCCAUACACUUUCUGUAGACAGUUUCAUAGACUUUCAUGCAUACAAACAUAUUGUGUGUAUGCACGUGAUGCAUUCCUUUGAUGCACGUGGGCAAUAUAGAACGUUAUGUGUGUAAUUAUUGUAAGAAAAUAAAUGCUAUAACAUGUUUCGGAACUUGGUCGUGAAAUCAUUUGUUAUUUUCUCCAAUUAAUUGACAUUCUUAAAUCGGUCUCUAGGGAACA